AUGAGCUUCGUUGCUCUAGAGCCAGCUUCAGAAGUAGAGAGGAGAGAGGAGGAAACACGAGUGAAAAUGGGAUUUCAAACUCUUAUUCCUCUCGUUGUGUUUGACUUGGCUACUCUCUUCACUAUCGUGGAGAAACCUGAGGAGUUUGAUAUUUCUACUUCUAGCACACCAGAAGAAGCAACAACGGAUCCUAUUGAUGAAGAGAAAAGACUAAUCGAGGGGUCACUCAGGAGGCUCAAAGAUACAAAACAAACAUAA